GCGACGCCCGAGGCGCGCGAGGCGGCGUGCCUCUUCUGCUGCGGCGAGCCGGAGGUCGGCGACGGCUGCUCCUGGGCUCGGGCGCUCCCCUGCGGCCACGACUGCUGGCACGCCCAGUGCAUCCUGCACUGGCUCUCCGAGUGCAGGACCUGCCCCCUCUGCCGCGCAGGGGUGCCCCCCACCUGGUUCGCCGGCGCGGGCGCCCACGGCAGGGCUCCGUGCGCGGAGCCCGGCGACGGCGAGGCCGCAUCUCGCGAGGGCUUGGGCCCGCCAGCUCCGCUAGAGGAGACUGCCGGCCUGCGGGCCGCCCUGGCCUCCCUGGCGGAGAGGGCGCGGGAGCUGGAGGAG